GUGACAACGGAACAACAAAAAAAGAUGGCGGCACCAGGUGAAGACACUGCUCAAGCCAGCGCUGAUUCUCUUGAUCUGGAGAGUAGAGGAAACGACAAAAUGCAGCAUCUUUUUGAAGAUACCCAAGCAUCCAUUGAAAUGUUAGAGAAAGAGAAUCGCAUAUUUGAGCAGUUUCUGAAGCGACUGGACCCCAAAGACUUCCAACUGAAAGCUAUUCCAACGACACACUCGUCUCAACUGGACAUGCAGAGGAAGAGAGUGAGGAUAAAAGAAGGAGCCAGCUCCAAGAGGUAGAUGGACCCCUAAGUAUCCUCUCUAAUAUCUUAGCUCUAUAUUAUUAUAAAUUGCUGUGUGUAUACACACAGUCUGUUGAGGUUGAGUAUGGACCAGAAGUGUAACAUAGCCACGAGAGAGCUGGAUGAACUGAGGGAGAAGCUGCAGAGAGACCAGGAGGAGGCUCAGAUCAACUACGACAACCUCAGGGCAGUGGUGCAGGAGGCAGACCAGAGACUAGCGGAGCUCAAGAAAACGACUUACGAGUUUGACAGAGAUGUGCUGAGAGGCUCAGUGAACCCUCGAACAAAGAGGAUAAUGGGAGAGAAGGUUGUCAAGUACUUUGAAGACAGAGUCAAGUCCAGGGACUCACUGGCAGAAAAGUUGCGUUCAAAGAAUUCGUCGUUGAAAGUGAAGCGAAGAAAGCUUCAGAUUCAACUCAAACAGAAGGACGAUGCAGGGGAGGUAAGGAACGAGGUGGACUUCAAGCAGCUCCAGAUUGAGAACCAGCAGCUGAAUGAGAGAUGCGAGGAGAAGAACCACGAGCUGCUCAGACUCAAGGUGAGGGCAGCCAAGGCCCUCCAGAUACUCAACACCUACAAGAAGAAGCUGCAAGCUCUAAGUGUGGAGAGUCGGGCAGCGGAGCAGGAGAUAGAGCAGAGAAGAGAGCUACUGGCCAGAGUCGAUGCUGAGACCACCACCGUCACAGAGGAAAAGGAAAAGGCUGAGGCUAUCAAUACCACAUCAAGACAGAAGUUAGAAGACUACAAAGUACCAGAUGUGAUGGAGUAUGUAGAGGAGAGGGUCAGUCUCUAUGAACUGACUAAAGCUGUGAGGACAUGGGAAAGGAAAGUCGAGAUCUCUGAGAUGGCGCUACGGACAUACCGACAGACGUGGAAACGUCUCUGCACCCAACACCAGCAGCAGUCCCACCACAGAACAGGACUCAGAGCUCCUCAUACCCUCACCACCUCCCCCAUUGGCCUCCCACACCACACCACCACCCUCUACUGACAGUACGCAUGCACGCACGCACACACACUUCAGUAGAGUUGGGACAAAAAUGAAUAAGAUUAUCAUGACCGGUUAUUAUGACUGAGUGACAAAUUAUGAAAGCCAAUUAAAGUGUUGUAUGAAAGAAACAGAAUGACAGGAGCACAGAAUCAAAUGUGAGACAGAUUAUUAGAGAGUGCUGGGGCUGGGAGGUCAUAUUAUGUGGCUGUGAGUGCCUGCUGACUCAUGAGAAGAUGUAGUGCCUGCACCCGCCUGGCGAAUUCUUGGGUGGGGGAUCCACAGCUGAAGAAGACCAUCCCACUGAGGAGGAGACGAGCUCGCCAGGCUGGCUGGGGCUCCAGGAGACGUCUCUCACACAGACACAGUUGUAGUUGUCAGUCAUCAGGGUCUGCACCACCUCCCCAGUCAGCGUGUCAUACACUACGACUCUUCCCUUUGCACAGGCGGUAUAGAUGUACCUCUGUCCGGUGGUGGCAGGAGGGGAGAACCUAGCUCGCAGUAGAGUGUGCUUCACCAGGUGGCCGGCGUACGUCAUGACGGAGCUGUCUCCUGGUAGCUUCACUAGAGCGUCUCGCAUAACUGCAAGCAAUACAUGGACAUCCACCCGUACUCUAGUGGCACAAUUUCUACCUGUUACGUGUACUCAAC